CCGAGCCUCCCGACCAUGUGUGAGGGUCUUCAGCCACACGCCUUACCAGAAGAUGGCGGUAAUGCACACCACAAUUGCUUGCCAACCGCCAAUAAACGACAGAAGAAGGAGGAGGAGAAGAAGAAGAAACCCACGAAGAAGAAACAACAGCACCUCUUCCACGAGUGGCGUGAAAUGGAGGACACGCGGAAAAGUGCAGACUCUGGCGAGAUGAACGCAGUUCCCGAAAGGACCCAGAAGAAGAAGAAGGAGAAAAGGAAGCGGGACGUCGAGCAAGAGGGAGACGGGAUGUUCAGCAUCAACGAGAAGCUGUCUGACAGAGGAGACUCAGACAGCGAGGACAGCGUCUACUCCGGCCUCCAGGAUUCAGGGAGCGACAGUGAUGAUGAUGAUGAUGAUGAUGAUGAUGAAGCACAGGAUGACAACUUGAAGGAUGGAGACAGUGGACGAACAGAGGAAUAUGACCACGACUCAUCAGAUGAAGAAGAUAUCAGGAACACAGUGGGGAACAUUCCCAUGGAGUGGUACAAAGACUUCCCUCACAUUGGCUACGAUUUAGACGGGAAGAAGAUUUACAAGCCAAUCAGGAACAAGGACGAGCUAGAUGAGUUCUUGGAGAAGAUGGACAACCCGGACUACUGGAGAACCGUCACUGACAAGCAGACCGGAAGUGACAUCAUCCUGUCAGAUGAGCAGGUGGAGCUGGUGAAGCGGCUGCAGCGAGGACAGUUUGGAGACGUCAGCUUUGAUGAGUACCAGCCUUGGGUGGAUUUCUUCACUAAAGACGUGAUGCUUCAUCCCGUGACCAACAGACCAGCAGACAAACGCAGCUUCAUCCCGUCACUCAUUGAGAAGGAGAAAGUCUCCAAACUAGUCCAUGCCAUCAAGAUGGGCUGGAUCAAGCCUCGCCAGGGGAAAGAUGACAGCAGAGGCCACUACUAUGACCUCUGGGGCAAUGAAGACUCUUCUCUCCUGGCCCGACACAGAAUGCACCUCCCUGCCCCUAAAACCCCUCUGCCUGGCCACCAGGAGUCCUACAACCCUCCACCAGAGUACCUGUUCACCGAUGAAGAGCAAGCUCUGUGGGAGCAGCAGGAUCCCUCAGACAGGAAGUUGCCCUUUGUUCCCAGAAAGUUCUCCAGCCUCCGUCAGGUGCCAGCCUUUCCUCGUUUCAUCCAUGAGAGAUUUGAGCGUUGCCUGGACCUUUACCUGUGCCCUCGCCAGAGGAAGAUGAGGGUCAACGUCAAUCCAGAAGAUCUGAUUCCAAAGCUUCCUAAACCCAAGGACCUCCAGCCCUUCCCUACCACUCAGUCCCUGGUUUAUGAAGGUCACAGCAGUUUGGUUCGUUCCAUCAGUGUUUCUCCAUCAGGACAGUGGCUGGCUUCAGGGAGUGAUGACGGUUCUGUCCGGUUCUGGGAGGUCAGUUCGUCUCGCUGUGUCAAGGUGGUCCAGGUGGGCAGAGCAGUGAAGACCGUGUGCUGGAAUCCCAACCCGUCUGUGUGUCUGCUGGCUGUCGCCCUGGAAUCGCUGGUGUUCAUCCUGUCUCCCUCCUUAGCGGACAGAGAGGUGGUCUCGGCCUCGGAACGUCUCCUUGCCGGUCAGCAGGAGGCGGUUCCUACAGAUGUAGCGGGGCCUGUUACCUGGGUGGACGCGGAAAAGGAGGAGCAUAACCACGGCAUCCGCCUCAAGAUCCAACAUCCCAAACCUGUCCAGCAGGUGGUGUGGCACACCAAGGGUGACUACCUAGCGGCCGUGAUGCCGGACCACUCCAGCCAUCAGCAGGUGUUUAUCCACCAGCUCAGCAGAAGAAGGAGCCAGAACCCCUUCAGACGCAACAAAGGCCUGGUUCAGUGCGUAUCAUUCCACCCCAUCCGGCCGUACUUCUUUGUGGCAACCCAGCGCUCCAUCCGCAUCUACAAUCUGGUCAAGCAAGAGAUGAGCAAGAAACUCCAGGCCAACUCCAAGUGGAUCUCCAGCAUGGCUGUCCAUCCUGGAGGUGAUCAUGUGAUCUGUGCAAGUUACGACUGCCGACUGAGCUGGUUUGACCUGGACCUCUCAACCAAACCCUAUAAGAUGCUACGACAUCACAAGAAGGCAGUGAGGAGCGUGGCGUACCACAGACUUUACCCGCUAUUUGCCUCAGCAUCUGACGAUGGCUCAGUGAUCGUCUGCCAUGGAACCGUAUACAAUGACCUGCUGCAGAAUCCCCUCAUUGUUCCAGUCAAGGUUCUGAAAGGUCAUGUGAUCACUCACGACCUUGGUGUUCUAGAUGUGACCUUUCACCCCACACAACCUUGGAUCUUCUCGUCUGGCGCUGAUGCCACCAUCCGACUGUUCACAUAGCAGCCUGUCAAUCAUGGAUGACUUUUUCUAAUAAACAAAAUGAA